GAUCGCGGUAACCAAUCACUUGAAUCAAAAAUUUCAGCUUGUUAAGUAUGUCUAGUAAAUCCAUGGAAAUAAAUAAUUAAAAAAAGAGUUUUAAUUCCUUCAAUUAGCAAUCGAAUGGUUAUUUUGUGUAAAAAUUGUUUUUAAAAAUGUUAUACAUUUAUUGUAUAUAAUUAAGGUCUACACCUCAAAUUUUGCUCAAGUUUAAUUUGUUUUAUUUAUCAAGCCUCCUCGUAUCAACAACUGCAAGCAUUCUUCGGUGCUACCUUUGACUUUGAGCGAUCAUGUCGAAAUUAUUGCGAAUCAUCUCUCUGCUGCUCUUGGCGAACUUGGCGAUCGUCAGCGGCGUGCUGUUCCGCGAUCACGAGGAUAUGGUGCCGAAUUUUUUCAAAUUGACCGACAAAUCACAGGUCAACCUGUGCUGUGCUCGCUGCAUCAAAGAAAACGAUUGUAUCCUCGUGACCGAGAACGCAAAACACCGCUGUGGCGGCAUUAUUGAUAAGAAUUCGAUCGGAUUAGUUGAUUUUCCGGGCGGCAGAAAGAUCACGACUCAUCAAGAGCCGGACGACCGGUGGGUGCUAUCCUGGGUCGAUAACAUGUCCGAUCCCGUGCUGAGGAGCCGCCGCUUCAGCCUCAACAAUUGCGCCUGGACGUCGAACGUCUUAUUCGAGACGGACCGCAAGGUGGCCGAUGUCGCGAUAGAUACCUUGUUCCAUUCGAAACGGUACCCCGAAGUGUCGGUCUCGCUCGAGCCGGCCAGCUGCGGUAACGUCCAGUGCGACGUCACGAUCUACAAGAGGAGCGCCAGGAUUAGUAUCAAGACGAAGGCGCUGACAUUAGAGAAACUUCCAAGAGACGAUCUGUAGGGUAUUUUUUGUUUGCGUUGCAUUGUUUCAAACGGAAGGAAGAAUAAAGUAUUAUAUUAUGUAUUUACAGAUAUUUAUAUUAAUAUGAUGCUUCAUUAAUAUCAUAUGCACAAAAAAGAUUUACUAUGUAGAAGUAAAUUAUUGACUAACUUAUUGACCAUCAACAUACUUAAUUGCGUUAAAAUUAAUUUUUACGAUUUCAAUAAAAAAUUG